GUGCGGGUGUCGGUGUCGGUGUCGAGGCCGUCCCGCGCAGGCGCCCUGGGGCCGGCGGGGCGGUCGCGCCUGCGCGGCGGGGCCGCGUUGCCAUGAGAGCGGCGAUGGCGCCGCGCUGAGCCAGGGAUGAGUUUAAACUUGGAGGCCGUGGCUGUGACCAGCUCAUCUGCCCAGGAUGCCACACAAGAUUGGUUUCACGGUGGUCAGUUCGUCGGGACACGAGGAUGGGUUCAGUGCUCGGGAGCUGAUGGUUCAUGCACCGACGGUGAACGGGUGGCGCUCGCCCAGGCUCUGUCAGUACCCCCAGGAAAUCACCCUGCAGCUGGUGGAGAGGUGUCGGAUCCGGAAGCUGCAGCUGCUCGCUCACCAGUACAUGAUUGCCAGCAAAAUUGAGUUCUACAUCAGUGAAAGUCUGCCUGAAUACUUUGCUCCCUAUCAGUCAGAGAGGUUUCAGAGACUUGGUUAUGUCCCUCUCUCAGACAAUGAGAAGACUGAUUUCAGAGCUCGAGAGUUGAAAUCUGUGUACAUGGAUGCAGUUGGCCAGUACCUGAAGCUGAUUUUCCAUAAAAACUAUGUCAAUAAAUACAACCUGUACGGGCAGGUUGCCCUGGUAGCUGUGAACAUCAUUGGGGAUCCAGCAGACUAUGGCAUUGACAGCAUAAGCAGUCCUUCCAGAGAGAAGCUGAUAGAUCACUACUUGGGAAUUAAAUUGGAUGACCCUGCCUUAGAUGGAACUUACCUUGGGAAACGUGACUCCAUUUCACCUCUGGACGAUUUGGCCUUUGACAUGUACCAGGACCCAGAAGUGGCUCAGAUAAUCCGGAGGCUGGAUGAGAAGAAGAGGGAAGCUGUGCGUCUCGAGUGCUACGACCACGCCAAGAAGCUCAAACAGGCCAUUGCAGACUUGCAGAAGGUGGGCGAGCGACUUGGCCGGUACGAGGUGGAGAAGCGUUACGCGGUGGAGAAGGAGGAUUAUGACCUUGCCAAGAAGAAGAAGGAGCAGAUGGAUGAGUACAGGCUGAAGGUGUACCAGCAGCUGGAGCUGCACGACCUCCUGGAUGCACAGCUGCUGAUCCGAAAGCCAUCUGAGUUGCCCUUGGGAUCUGUGAGUGGCACUGAGAGCCCCCAGAGCUGCCCUCCUGAGCCUGCAGACCCACCCCAAGGAGAGCCCCCGAGGGCAGAGCCUGUGCUGGAAGAGCAGUUGGUGGAUCCCACUUCUUCUGAGCCUGUUGUUCCCUACCAGUCCAUUCUUUCUCCUCAGACUCAGCCCACAACCUCCAAGGAAGCGUUUUCCAAGGAAAAUGUUGAAAUUUUACCUUAUGAUGAGAGACCUCUGCCAACCGUUUGCAAGCAGGUGGAUGAAGCUGUUGCCUAUGUUGAGCCAGAGGUGACUGAGGAGGACGUGGGUGAUACUCCAAGGACUGGCAAUACUGGGGAGCCUGAACAGCUCACACAGAAGGCACUGAGGGAAGCCAGCCCUGUUGUGGAAGUUUUUGGAGAGACUUUGGUUUCAGGAGCAUAUUCCAGAACUUGGUCAUGUCGAGAAGAUGCUUUACUGACUGUGUACAAGAAGCUGAUGGAAGUGUCAGUGGACACUCCAAAGGAGGAUUUAAGGAGCAUGCUGAGGGCUGCUGUUUUCCUUGUGAGGAGGGCCAUCAAAGACACUGUGUCUUCAGUUUUUCAGGCUUCCCUGAAACUUCUUAAAAUGUUAAUUACCCAAUAUAUACCAAAACACAGACUGGGGAAGCUAGAAACAUCUCAUUGUGUGGAAACAACCCUGCCACAUUUGCUUUCUAGAACAGGAGACUCUUCAUCCCGUCUUCGUCUUCUGGCUUCAACCUUCAUCCAGGAAAUGGCACUGUGCCCUGAAGUGAAACCUCUCCAGAUUAUUCCAGUGCACCUGGUUAAAACAUUAAAACCAAACUCCCCAACACACCUGGCAAUGAGCCACGUGGAGCUGGUGGAAUCUCUCCUGGGAGCCAUGGGGACUGAAAACUCCGGGUUUACCGUCAACAACGUCAUGAAGUUUGCCACGGGAGCUCUGGAGCACAGGGCUCAGGAGGUGCGUGAGGUGGUGCUGAGGAUCAUCUUUGCCAUGUACAGGGAGCACAGGGCAGCUGUGCUGGAGUAUCUCCCUCUGGACGACGCCGGCGCCCGCAGGACCGUGCGCUACAAAACUCUCUUUGAGGGCUUUGCCAAAAUCGAUGGGAAAUCUUCUGAAAGUGAAGUCAGGGCACAGAGAAAAGCAGCAACAGAAGCAGAGAAACAGACAAAGGAAGAAAUGAAAGUUCUGAAAGGCCACCCAGCAGCUCUGAAGUUAGAGUUACUAGCAGAGGUUGAAGCUGAAGAGGAGAAAGAACCUUCUUUUCAGAAGACAGAGAAUCAAGGUGACCAGGUGUAUGAAGCUAGAGCAGCAAAGAUUCAGGAGGAACUUUCUUCUGUUGCAAAUUACCUGGAUAACUUGUGUAUAUUUUGUGGUGAAAGGAACGAGUCCUUCACUGAGGAAGGGCUGGAUCUGCAUUACUGGAAGCACUGCCCCAUGUUAACCCGCUGUGAGCACUGCAAACAGAUGCUGGAGAUCUGCAGCCUGACAGAGCACCUGCUGACUGACUGUGACAAAAGGGACAGCUUUGGGAGGUGCCCACGCUGCAGAGAGGCCGUGCCCAGGGACGAGCUGGCCAGACACAUAAAGAGCAGGAUUUGCAAUCCUGCCAAACCAGAAGAUGUGGCAAACCACUGCCCUUUGUGCCAUGAGAACUUUCCUCCUGGAGAAGAGGCCUGGAGAUCUCACCUGAUGAGCAGAGAUGGCUGUAAAAUGAACCAGCGGAGGAUAUCCCCCAUGAACAAAACCAUUCUGGUGCAGCCUGCCAAAGUAGCUGGCCACUAUUUAAGGAGACCAGGUCCUUCAGGAGCAAGGUUUCAAUCUCCUUCAGUAGGAAGCAAGAUCAGAACUCGAGGGGGCCCAAAUAAAAACACUGGCAAAACAUACUCCAAGCGAUGACAGGACAAGUAUUUCUUCCUUUGUCUGAAUAACUGGGCACAUGGCUGUUGUGAGCUACUUAAAAAUUGUAGGCAACUUGUAUCAUCUUUUAUGUGGGUUGUUUUCAGCCUUGAGCAGUGCCUGGUGUGAUCCCCACGGCGUUGCUGUCCCUGCAGCACUGGGCUUUGCUUUGCUAGGAAUGCUCACGUUGGAAAUACCAAAUGUUCUGGGACAAAAACAUUAUUUUGACAGAUCACUGUGCUCUCCUUUCCAAUCCCAUGUCUGUAAUUUAAUGGGUUCAAAGACAUUAAUUAUGUCAGGGGAGGGAAGUCUUUCCUGGUGCUCGAGGAACAGGAGCCACACGUGGGGGAAGCCUGGCCUUGUGUGUGUGUCAGAUUUAGGGUUCUGAAGGCAGCAGAGCUGUACCCAAAGCACUGCUCAACCCCAGGAAUUUGCACCAAAUGGAAAAGCCAGAGGGCUGGCUGGAUGUUUUCCUGUGCUGUACCACUGUGCAGGAGGUGACAGGACAUUGUGGCCUCUCUCACUGUGCACCAAGUGCCUUAGGAGCCCACUUGGCAGGAGGGUUAAAAUACACCCUCCAAGUCUGUAUCCCCGAGAAAUGGCCCCUUACAGAAAUGAAGAAAUAAUCUUGCUUGGGUCCUGAUGAGCUUGAAUUAGUAAAUUUAGACCUUUUUGCCUGCUUUAGUGCACUUUCAGCUCAAAUACUGAGCUCCUCUAGUUAGAUAUUGGUUAAAAUAGCCAUCCACAGACUGGAGCCCGUGUCUUGAACAGCUUCAGAGAGACAGAGUCUAUUAGGACCCAAGGCAUGAAGCUUUGUACCAAAGCAGCCAUUCUCACAUCUCUAACAUUCUCUCUUUAACAUUCCAGCUGUUGCUUUCCAGUGUGGAAUUGGUACCAUGGGCACGGGAAUGAGUGGUCAUGAUAAUAUGAGGGGAAAUUUGGGGGGUUUUGCUCCCAUGGAGUGACUUUGUGGUGUUGUUUUGUAUAUAGAGCUGAUUUUUUAAGACAGUUUUUCUAGUUUGCUUGCAGCCUGCCUCCCAGCUUAUGGAUUUUCCAGGUAGAUCAGUGUGCUUGGAUUUAAAAAUUCUUUGUUUCAAUUGUUUCUCUAACUUUUCCAAAUACAUAUUUCAAUAUUUACACACACAUUAGGAACAUAUAUAUAUAUGUAUUUUUAUUUUCCCUUUAGUGACAUGGGUUCCUGUUUGAGAGCCUGAUUCUCUAUGCUGAGUAAAUAAUAAAUAUCUCAAAAUAGCCAUUGAUCUUGCUCAGAGGUGCAAGGAUGAAAACUACUCUGUGGUACAAUAAGAAAAUAACUUAGUGUUGAUAAAAUAGCAAUUUUUUAGAAUGUGAAGGGACCCUUUUGGAGUACAGUGGUACCACCAGCGUCAUGUUUAAAGGUGGAUUUACUGGGGUUGCACCUUAAUUAGCAACUUGGGUUUGCUGCAGUGGUAAAAUAAACACUGGAGUGAAAAACACCAUGAGGUUUGGUGCUGUGCCACCAAGUCUUGAGCAAAAUAUUCCAGAGAAAAUCCAUUGCACAGGUGCGGCUCUGGGCAGUGAAAGAAGGUCUGCAGGGUGUUGGACUGGAACCUGGAUUUGGCAACGAUGGGGCCUCAGCAGGAAAGCAAGGAAAGAGUGUGGUCCUGAGUGAUCUCUGUCCAUUUGAGCUGUGCCUGAGUGUCAGCUGAGGCAUUUUCAUGUGUCACUGCAGAGAUGGUUCCAGAGCAGCCCCUGUCCAUGUGUGCAGGAGUUGGUCUCAUCCCAAAACACCUCUUGGUGUUCCACUACACCAAGAGAGCAAUUUAUAGCGAUUGCAUGUUCCUAAGUGCUGGAUGAGCAAAUCACAUAUUGAAAUCUGGGAGAUUUUAUCAAGAAAAGGAGUCACUUGUGUUAAAUGUCAGUUAUUUUUAUUGCACAUAUUUAAUAAAUUACUUUAGCCAGU